AUACCGGAGAUAAGGGAAAAAAAGAAGCAAAACGCGUAAUACUUUUAGACCAGAUUGCUGGAAGGUCGAAGAUACAACUGAGUUGACCAAUUAUCAACGGUUUUUCGUAAUUUGGUUCUGAAAAUAUCCAGAACGGUGAAGACAUGGAGAGAGUGAGGAAUAUUCUAAAGCCAAAACCUAAUCCGCAAGAGCUACUGAGAGAAUGGCAGCGUCGGCUUCGUCAAGAGUGUCGCAGUGCCGAACGUCAAAUUCGAGAUAUACAAAGAGAAGAGAAAAGUGUACAGAAGGCGAUUAGAGAGGCUGCCAAGAGGAAUGACAUGGUAUCUGCCAAGUCACUCGCGAAGGAAAUUGUGAGAUCAAGAAGAACAGUGAACCGUCUUCAUGAGAAUAAGGCACAACUGAAUUCAAUAUCAAUGCAUCUCGGAGAAAGUGUCGCAAUUGCACGCACAGUUGGGCAUUUGUCCAAGAGUGCUGAAGUUAUGAAGCUUGUCAAUAACCUCAUGAAAGCACCGGAAAUGGCUGUUACAAUGCAAGAGUUUGGCAAAGAAAUGACCAAGGCAGGGGUGAUUGAAGAGUUUGUAAAUGACGCUGUUGACUCGGCACUGGAUUCAGAGGAUAUAGAAGAAGAGACGGAAGAAGAGGUUGAGAAGGUCCUCACAGCAAUAGCUGGGGAGACUGCUGCACAACUUCCAGAAGCAGUUAGGAAAGAAAGGAUGAAACAGCCUGCUCAGAAGGCUCAAGCUGGAGAAGAGGAAGAAGCUAUAGCAGAGGGUGUUGAUGAUGAAGAAGAACUUGAAGAAAUAAGGGCUCGUCUUGCUAAAGUCCGAUCAUAAGCUUUCUGUCGUUCACUUAUUCGGGUUGCCAUAUGUAUGUAAUUGAGUACAUAUCGUCAUCAACCGUGUCCUAACAUUUCCUGAUUACAAUUGUGAUAUGUGAAAUGUAAUGUAAUGCUGAGAAAGAGUGCCAGGGCUAAUAAUUUAUGUAUAUUGUAUAGAUUUAUCCGUCAUCUGAUAUUUGUGCAGUAUCCUACUGCAAAAAACAUUUGGAUCUCCAUAGACUUCAAGUUCUACCUUUUCUUUGUUCCA